CUUCUGUUCAAAGAAACUACCAUACCCCACUUCAAUACAUAAUCCUUCAUCCAACACGAAAAAGCAACAAUCAUACUUCAUCAUGGCGCCACAAACAGCAUCCGAAUUAAAAGUAAUGGAAACAGCAAAAAGAGGAAUGCAAGCUAUUGGUCUUGUAUCUCUUGCCGUCGUAUCAGCACCGGUGGUCAUAAUAGCGUGUCCUCUCUUGGGUGCUUAUGAAUUCGCCACCGCCUACGAUGCUGAGCUAUACUCUGGUUCAAAAUUUAUCGACGGGGUUAUCGGCGGCCUCUUUGGAGUCGUCACAUCGCCUCUGGCUCCUUUCUAUAUCGCAUGGGGGGUCAUAGAAGAGCUUUAUAAAGAACCUCCCCCGAAACCAAUAUCAAUUUCGAAUACGUUUCAGGAACAAGCACAUCGAGAUAUUGGCCUGGACUGCCUCAAUUUCUACAAUAUCGCCGUGGUUGGUGUCACGGGAACCGGCAAGCUGUCUUCGUCCUCUGUUGUCAACGGAUUACUAGGAUACCGAGAUAGUCAUCCAUUCGCGUCAAAGGUUGGUGAAAUAGAAUCAACCGCACAACCACUCGGCUACCGCCACCCAGUCCUUCCAACGCUGAUGAUCUGGGAUAUGCCUGGUGCUGGCACCAAGUCACAUCCUGCGAAAUCUUACUAUGAGGACAAGUAUCUACAGGCUUUUGAUGCACUUGUUAUAGUUACUGGAGACAGACUGAUGGCAACUGAUGUACACAUUGCUCGAGCUGCUCAUGCGCAUGGCCAACCAUACUACAUUGUGCGAAAUAAAAUGGACGUGGCAAUACAGUCUAGACUGCGCAGGCAAAGCGUGAAGGGAUCCAUUGGUCACAAUCAAUGGGCAAGCACUGUGGGAGAACUUGCGAACGAAAUGCAAAUCCAACGAGAUAUGAAAAUGUUCAAUUUCAAUACAGAAAACCUGUUUCUUAUCUCUGCGUGGGAUCUCCAAAAUUUGGUCAUCUCACUACGAAAUCAUCAGCCCGUUGGUGAUAUGCGAAUUAUUCACGAAAAAAUUUUAAUAACGACAUUGUUAGAUACAAUAGCGGAAAAACGUAGACAAGAAUUAGCAUCAGACUCAGGAAUAAGCACUGAGCAUGGUAAUGAAUAAGUGGUUGUGUAAAGAAGAUUGAUGUAAGAUGGGAAAUAAUGGAUUGGGAAUAUACUUAGCAUCGCUAUAUAAGCAAAACAUGCAAUAUAAAGCAUUCACUACUUCACUUCCCUCUAUUUUGCUUCUGGUCCAUAUGUUUCAGUAAUGUACUCCUCCCAAGUUUGCAACCAAGGAUAUUUGGCGCGCAAAGCUUUAACAUCACCGCAGUAGCCGGGGUUUUCCCAAAACUUAGCCAUCUUGCCGUACUUGCUUCCAAUCAGGGUGACG